AUGGGCGGCCUUUUCUACUGGUACUUCGAGCCAGCUGCGGCCGCGACUGACGCGCCGCUGAUUCUGUGGCUGCAGGGGGGUCCCGGCGCCACCUCUAUGCUGGGCAACUUCUUCGAGCUGGGGCCCUUCACCUUGCGCCCGGACGGCUCUCUGCAGCCCCGCGCCGCCAAUGAGACCUGGGCCUCCCUUGCCCCGGUGAUCUUUGUGGAUUCUCCGGUGGGCACCGGCUGGUCCUGGGCCGCGGAGAACAGCUACGCCAAGAGCCAGGAGGAGGUGGCGGCAGGUCUGCGGGAGCUUUUGGAGGUCUUCGUUGCACGGCACCCCCACGUGGCCCACCGGCGCUUGGUGCUGGCUGGCGAGUCCUAUGGCGGUCACUUCAUCCCAGCGUUGGGCGCCUCCUUCCUGGAGAAGCCAGGUGCCUCUUGGCAGGUGGCAAAGUCUUGCGAGUAUACUGAGAAGCCCGAGAAGCCCGAGAAGCCCGAAGAUCCGAACCCGCCGGCUCCGCGGGCCAAGGAUGAAGUCUUCGAAGAGAUCCGCAACGUGCUGAACAUGAACUCGGCCCUGCAGAUCCAAUUUUUCGACGCCCGGGUCCGGCAGCACUUGCAUGCGCUGCUGGGCUCCGGGGGACGGCAACGAUUGAAUGGUGGCCUCUCCUUUGUGCACACCUGCACCAUGAACAAGAAAAGGCAGGACGUGAAGAAUUGGCCGGCCUACCUGGUGACGUUACUCAAGAAGUUCGACAUGGAUACCCAGAAGGAGGCGCCCGAGCUCCGGCUUGGCCCGGCGCUGUCCUCCGUCAGCACCACUCCUGAGAAGGCGGAGCCGCUGGCCUCCGAGGACUGCGAGGACUUCCGCACCUUGGACUUCGCCGGGCUGCUGGCCAGCGACUCGGAGGAUGAGCCGGCCUCGCCUGAGGCCGAGGCGCGCCAGGAGGAGCCGCGCUGGGACCUCCGAGCACCCCGGGUCACAGCGCCCCCGCCCAAGGCGUCGGGUUGCGGGUCCUUGGACUUCCGUGAGGAGAUGCAGGGGCAUCCCCGCGAGGUGCAAGGGCCUGUGGGCCUCGAACGCCUGGAACGCCUGUGUAAGGGAAACGCGAUGGAAUCGAAUCCACUUCUGAGCCAUCCAUUUGGCAUGGGCGGACCGGGAACUUCGGUGCUCCCGAACGGCCCGGGCCUCAUGAUGGGCCAAUCCAUGCCCUUUAUGGGCCAAACCAUGGGUGGCCAAUCCAUGGGCCAGUCCAUGGCCGGCAUGGGACUGAGGAUGGGUAAUGUUGGCAAUGCCAACCUGAGGAUGGACAUGGGCAUGACCGGAACCUCCUUCCCCAAAAGGCAAAGCCACCAUCCAGAGAUCGUUGCGCGCUGA